AACACGAAGGCCAAGAUACAAGUGCCGAGCCGGGGUCUAAAAAAGCGGGGCGGAAAAAAAAACGCAGCAAAAGAAGGACCAGAAGCUCCAGAGCACAAUGCAGGUUUAAAACAUAGUGACAGAGACUCGAGCUCCGAGCCGGGGUCCAAGAAAUCCGUCCGAAAGAAAAAUACUGCUCAAGAAGAACUGGGAGACCCGGAGUGCAGUAAAGAUUCAAAAGCUGACAUUAAAUUUAAGAAAUUUGCAGACAAACGUAAAAACAUUGUUCACUAUCUGUACAAGAGUACGGUGGGCGGAAAUGUUCGAGCAAAGUGCCUCCAGACUCCAUUCCUGUGCUCCUUGGCCUCCUACAUUCUCUAUCGGACCAACAGCCCCUUUGACAGGAGAGUCACGACACUUGAGUGGCACCCCGCUCACCCAAACACUGUGGCUGUGGGGUCUAAAGGAGGGGACAUCAUUCUAUGGGACUAUGAGGACCUGAACAGCACACUCAUUCCUGGAAUUGGAGCUGGUGGCUGUAUUACAGGAAUGAAAUUCGACCCGUUCAACUCUAAUCAGAUCUAUACGUCGUCGGUUGCGGGUAGCACCAUCCUCCAAGAUUUGAGUGGACGAACCGUUCAGAUGUAUACAAACACAGAGGACUGGGCCAUGUGGUAUUGCAGCCUGGAUGUGUCUGCCAGUCGACAGAGCGUGGUAACCGGAGACAAUGUGGGCAAUGUGGUGCUCCUGGAGACUUGUGGAAAGGAGAUUUUCAAGAUGAGACUACACAAGAAAAAAGUUACCCACGUGGAAUUUAACCCUCAGUGUGACUGGCUUCUGGCCACAGCCUCUGUGGAUCAAACAGUUAAGCUCUGGGACUUGAGGAACAUCAAGGACAAGUCCAGCUGCUUGUAUACACUGCCUCACACACGUGGAGUCAACUCUGCUUACUUCAGUCCAUGUGAUGGAUCUAAACUUCUCACCACUGACCAGCACAGUGAAAUCCGUGUGUACUCCUCCAGUGAUUGGUCGAAGCCUCAGCGUAUUAUUCCUCAUCCACAUCGCCAGUUUCAGCAUCUGACUGCCAUUAAGGCCUCGUGGCAUCCCCGUUAUGACCUGAUUGUAGCCGGACGAUAUCCAGAUCCCCAGUUCCCGGGAUACACUGCAGAUGAGUUGCGCACGGUGGAUGUGUUUGAUGGGCAGACUGGCAAUAUAGUCUGCCAGCUUUAUGACCCUUACGCCUCCGGGAUCGUCUCUCUCAAUAAAUUUAACCCAAUGGGAGAUCUGUUGGCAUCAGGAAUGGGUUUUAACAUCUUGAUCUGGAGUCGAGAGAUUCUAUUAAUGAUGAAGCAGGAGGAGAUGAUGAAGGCCUUACGGGCAAAGGGGAUCCAAGUGGGGAGAAAAGAUGAUUCAAGCAGUAAAUCCACAACUUCUGAAAAGGACAAAUCUGAGAAGAAAAAAUCUAGGACUGCUGCCAAAGAGUCAACGACCACACGAGGGAAAAACAAAGACAAAUGAGCGGUCAUGGAAGGCCUGGCCUAUGGCAUGACAUUUCGCUGUGGCUGCAGUAACCAAACUCCUAUAGUGCCUUAUUGCACUGACCUCAUCCAGCAGAGUGUAUGGUUACAUCCGGACGGGCAUGUCCUGGUUGUGUUUUCUGAAGUUUACAGAUUCCGUUCGCCCUGUCCUGAUCUGCCUGUCCUAUGUAUGCAAAAAAAAACAAAAAAACCCCGGGCAGUGACCUCUUGCAGCAUGGUACCCUCAGUAUGGGAGCAAUACCAUGUAUAGAUGAGUAGGAAGGAAGCUGGAGGCACAACGUUGGCUUUGAACAGCACAUCAUGUAAAUGACUGCUUUUUCUUUUAGGUGUUCUAAAAAAUAUUUUUGUCUUCCUCUGGCAGCUGUUACGAUGGAUUCCACAUUGGGGCUUCUAGGUCAAAUCGACAUUCCUCAUCUUCUGAACCCCAAGAGAAAAUCUGGUGACCUUUUUUCUCUUGCCACUAAGUGGUCAUCACCAGGAAUAGGAUGUGUCACUGGCUGAUUAGUUGGUUUUGUGGGUUCUCUAGUAACAGUGCCAAUUUCUUUUAGUUUGUAGGAAUAUUGGGACAGAGUUUGAAAGUCUGAGCGGAAGGACGAAGGCUUUGAAUUAUAUGUGCAUUUGGGAAAUCCUAUUGAGCCCUGGUUCACACUGGGUACGAUUUGGAACGAUUUGAGAUGCGAUUUGAC